CCUCGCGAAACGGUCACACUUCGAGUCUGCUCUGAACAUUUGUCUUUUGUGUCGCGUUUUAAUGUGAAAAGAAAAACACUUUUGCAACAGUUAGGGGCUGCGGAAAAAAGUGCAAAACAUUGCGAUUACGGAGUGCGCGACCAUGUAUGCGGGGCAGCAUUAAAUCGGAGCCGCAUAUCCCCCGAUUUCCGCGUGCAAAUGCGAGGCGAGCCAACGUUGGCAAACCAAAAACGAAUCUCGUACACAGUCGUUUAUUAUUAAACAACGGGCAGGAAAAACAGAAGUUCGGGAACCAGAACCCAACCCAGAAAACAUGUACAACAACGGGGCCAGGGGCUUCUCUAUUCAUGACGCCUUCGAGGAAGAGACCGACGAGGCGAUACGUGUUUAUGGGUCCACCGUAAUAUCCACGCCCAUGAGAGGCAAGCAAGGUCGCUCCACCGAAGACGUCUCGAUCCGGAUUCAGGAUCCCAAGGGCUACAACAAGUAUGCCGAGGACACAACCUCCAGGGACAGCGACUCGCUAAUCCAGGAGUAUGGCAACCUACCCACGGAGGAGACUAACACAUACUGCUGGCGGCACCCAAAAGUGCGUGAAAACUGGCGCACCGUGCUGGCCGCCUUCACGCUCCUUGUCGUGGGCACGGGCCUCUUUGUGAUGGGCACUUUCGCCAUCGCCGAUCCGCAGAACACGUCGCAGGGAGUCGUGUUCUUUGUGGCCGGACUCAUCUGCUUCAUACCUGGGGCCUACCACGUCGUGUACAUCUGGCUGGCAGCCAAAGGAUAUCGAGGGUUCGACUUCUAUCACCUGCCGCUGUUCACAUAAACGGACACCUGGGCAGUUCAACUGGUUGAUCCAAGGACAGAUAGAGCAAGAUAGCGAGGGAGGGGAGUGGGAGAUCCCCGUCUAUAUAAUAUAAAUCUAUAUGUUUGUUUAUAUUUGUAUAAACAAUUUAUUUUCUAUAUCGUAAUUCUAAUUAACCCGAAACUCGGUUUGUGUAACGUACUUUUUGUGUUUAGCUGCAAAAAUUUCGUUUAGACAAAUCCCCCCUGAAACCCGAAUCGAAAUUUAGCAAUAUAUAGAUUAUAUAUUUUACAAUAUUUUCUAUUUAUGUACUCGAUAAAGUGUUUUGUAUACCCUGAUCCCGACCCCAAAAAGUGCAAAACAUUCAUACGUACACUCGAAAUUUACUUAAACAAAAGAGAAAAAACAAACGAAAGACUUUGUAUAUGAUGCUAACAUGUUGAGGAAGCGCUAGAGUUAUAACGUAUACUAUAUAUAAAUUGUAAUUGUAAUUUAUUGAAAUUUAAUUGCACCAAAUACGCUGGCAAGCGUACGAAAAUGUUUUAAGAUUUUCAAAACCAACACUCAAGAAACAAAAACAAAAACUAAAACUAAAAAAAAAAAGAUUAACAACAACCGUACACCCACGAAUCUAUGUAUUUGAUUAGUGAGCGUCUGUCCAGGGAUGCGCCUUAAAGAACUAGAUCUAGACUUUAGUCAACGUCGAAUUAUGAUUAUGUUUAAACUUUAAACCUAAUCAAUUGCAACGAGGGACUUCUCGAGCAAACCAUGAUAAUACCAAGCUACUAGUGAUGUAAGACGAUGCGCCGAUAUUGCAAUACGUUCUUUUAUAGCUAUAGUAAUGACGCGACUCUUUUCCGCUGACCUUUACCCCGUCCUUUAAUGAAAUUACAUCUCACACAGUCAUUCACAUUUCUAAAAACUAAUCACUCACCUCAUCUGCCGUUUAGUUGUUAAUGUCGUAUAAUUUCUUUUUUAAGAAAUGCUGAAUAUGGUUGUAUUAAAACAAAAAUAAUUAUUACACGCAAAAAACUAAAAAAUCAAACAAUAAAUUUACUUAAAAAACUUAUAAAUACGAUUUAUGGCUAAUACAGGACGAUUCUUUUUUUCAAAAUUUACAUAAAACCUAAUUUGUAGCUGUAACUUUGUGACUUUUGUAUGUAUUUUCCCACUGAAUGUUGGUUUUUAUUCAAAUUAAACAUAUUAUUUUUGAA